AUGGUAGUCACCCAGCUGAAUCUGGAGUUUUGCUUUCAGGGCAAGAAGCUGCGAGGCUUCAGCUGUGAGUUCACCCUGCCCCAUGGAGUCUUCCCUGAGACUGCCUGCACCUUCACGUGGCAGAUUGUGGUUCCCCCUCUGCUCUUGGGCCUGGGCCUAUUGAUGAACACCAUCCAACACUGGCCUGUGUUUGUGGAGGUUAACGACCUGUUGACGCUGGUGCCACCCUUAGUGGGCCUGAAGGGGAACCUGGAGAUGACACUGGCGUCACGACUUGCCACAGCUGCCAACACUGGACAAAUUGAUGACCCCCGGGAGCAACACAGAGUCAUUAACAGUAACCUCGCCCUCAUUCAGGUGCAGGCCACUGUAUUGGGGCUCCUGGCUGCUGUGGUUGCCCUGCUGCUGGGAGCUGUGUCUAGGGGGGAGUUAGACUUUGCGAAAGUGGAGUUGCUGUGUGCCAGCAGUGUCAUCACUGCCUUCCUUGCAUCUUUUGCUCUAGGACUGCUGAUGGUCUGUAUAGUGAUUGGUGCUCGAAAGCUCGGGGUCAACCCAGACAACAUUGCCACACCCAUUGCAGCCAGCCUGGGAGACCUUAUUACGUUGUCCAUUCUGGCUUUCAUUAGCAGCUUCUUCUAUAAAUAUAAAGACAGUCGGUUUCUGACUCCCUUGGUCUGUAUCGGCUUCAUGGUCCUGACUCCGGUGUUGAUCCUCAUUGCAAAGCAGAACCCACCCAUUGUGAAGAUCCUAAAGUUUGGGUGGUUCCCGAUUGUCCUAGCAAUGGUGUUUAGCAGUUUUGGAGGGCUCAUCUUGAACAAAACCAUUUCCAAAGAGCAGUACAAAGGCAUGGCCAUAUUUACUCCCAUCAUAUGUGGUGUUGGUGGCAAUCUGGUGGCCAUUCAGACCAGCCGGAUCUCUACCUACCUGCACAUGUGGAGCACACCUGGGGUCCUACCCCUCUGGAUGAAAAAAUUCUGGCCUAACCCAUGCUCCACUUUCUGCACAUCAGAAAUUAAUUCCAUAUCAGCUCGAGUUCUACUCUGUUUGGUGAUUCCAAGCCAUCUGAUUUUCUUCUCUGUUAUCUAUCUGGUGGAGGGCCGUUCAGUUCCAAAUGGCAAGACCUUUGUGGUAUUCUAUCUGCUAGCAGGCCUGAUCCAGGUGACAAUCCUGCUGUACUUGGCAGAAGUGAUGGUUCGGCUGAUAUGGCACCAGGCCCUGGAUCCUGACAAUCACUGUAUCCCCUACCUCACAGGGCUAGGGGACCUCCUAGGGACUGGCCUCCUAGCACUGUGCUUUCUUAUCAGCUGGUUAUUGAGAGAAGCAGAGCUGGAUGGCAUUUCAGAACCAGCAUCUGGACCUCCCUACUGAGACCAGGCAGCUCCAGUUAGUCAGUAGAAUGUUCCUUCACCCGAGUGAGGUACAGAAUGCAGUUCCUCCCUAGCUGGGUCCUUAGGUCUCCCUGCCUCUCCAGUGACCCUUUGUCAUUCUGCUAAGGAGAUUCACACACACCUUGACCCUGGUAUUGGAACCUGAAUCCAUGAUGGAGCCUAAAAUCAGAAGCACUGAGUGUGUGAAUGUGACUGUAUGUGCCCACAUGCUGGAUGAGUGUGUGAAUGAUUGCAUGUAUGAGUGGAAAGCAGGGUGCUCAGGCCUGAAGAUUUGAAGGAGGAGGUGUGUCAGUGCACUUUGGGGAUGUUUUGGCCCUCUUUCAAUCCAAUGCAGUGUGGAUUGGGGUAGAGCAGGAAGGGGAUCCGUUGUAUGCCCAAGCCUCAGUACUCCCUGAGCCCUGGCUUAACUGAUAUAUUCACUAGGUCCAGCUCCAUGAGCCAUUGUGUUGAUGUGCAAAGCAAAUGUGUACAGCCUUUCUUAGGAUGAGGCCUUACACACACCCCCAUCUGCUUUUGCCUUGUUUUCUUUCCUUUUCUCUCUCUCUCUCUCUUUUUUUAGUAAAAACCUCUCAUCAGAGUAAAGUAAAAUAUAGAAUA